AUGUCCAUGAUGGAAGAAAUGAUGCAAGAGAUGAAUUAUUUGAAGAAGUUCCAAAGCUCUGUUGAAGAUCGUAUUAAAGACAUAGACAGCAAUAUCAAUUCGGUGAUGAACCAAGUGGGCCAAGUAAAUGAGGUUCUGAAGAAAACGGAGGAUGGGAAACAGUUUGUCAGCUGGAAAGCUCUCCAGAGAACUCUUGUUGAUCCACUCCCUGAGCCUGUCGCACACUCUCUAACAAGCCAAGUUCCUGCUCCUGCACCAGCUGUUGACACAAAGAUUGCAUCUGCUGAUGAUACCCAGGCAGCUGAGAACCCUGACGAAAUGGCCACUCAAGUAUCUUUGCCCCAGGAGACAGAAAGCAAAGCACAGGCUGCUCCCAUGAUAAUCCAGCCUUCCAAAGGACAUUCAGCCCAGGAACAUCACCUUUCUGCUGCACAGAAGGGAGCUGGGUCAUCCAUGCUCACGGGGGAGGGAGCUGAGCUUUAUCCCGAUACUAUAUUCGCUCUUCAACGCAUUCGACAUGCAUCUGACUAUCAACCUUUGUUGGAUCAGCGAGUCUCUGCACUUGAGAAAGCCUUCUCAGAAUUAGCCCCUGAAGUCAGCAUAGCGAUGGACAGCGAGGAGCUGAAAGGAAGAGAUGAGAGUGAAGGACAGGUCCCGUCCCCAGGAGAAGGUGAUGGUGACGGUGACGGUGAGGGGACGGCUGAUGAUGUGAGGGCUCAGAUAUCCGAUCUCAGGGAAGUGGUGAAGAACAUCGACGAAGAGCUGAAGGAUCUCCGGAGGGUUCAGCUGAGUGGCACUGAGCCCGGAGCCCCUGUCCAGCAGCAGCUGGACAAACUGGGUGCUGUUCUGGAGAAAAUCAUGGGCUCCUCCUGUGCCCUGCUUGGGAUGAGUCUGGGCCUGCAGACGGAGGGGACGUGUCCUGUCUGCAGUCUAGACGUCAGUCAGGAUGCCAGCAACCUGUGCCAGCGUUUCCAGAAGCUGCAAGAGACAGUGAACACGCUGGUUGAUUCAUCCGGGGAGGGGACAAAGGACGGGGGCUUGUGUACGGAGUUGCAGAGUCACAUCGAGCAGCUCCAGGCCGAGUGUGAGAGGCUGAACCAGACGACCAGCCGAUUGAUCCAGGAUGAUCAGAAACAACAGAGCAAUAUCCAGUCUCUGUUUGACUCGCUCGGCCGCCUGGAGACCAAGUGCGGGGGAGGGCUCCAGAUGGAUGCAGUGACGGAGCAAGUGAACCGAAUGAUGGAGUCUCUGCUCAACAAACUCUGUGCCCAUGAGAAGGACUGGAACCGAGUCUUGCAGCAGCUCAGCGCAGAGAUGGAGUGCAAGCUGGACCGGAUUGAACUGGAGCCAUUGAAGAAGCAGCUGGAGGAGCGAUGGAGAAAAGUCCGGAAACUUCUACAGACCCCCCAAGGGACGGAGGAGGGAGCUGCCGUGCUCAGGAAGCAGCUCAUGAGUCAUUUCCACUGCCUCUCGUGUGAUCGGCCGCUGGACGUCAGGGUGCCCUGCACUCCGAACAUGGUCUCCCUGCCAUCACCGAACUACGCCAGCAACGGGCACCGGUCACAGCGCCCAGAUGCUGACCUGACACGACGCAGGAGCAAGGGCGAACGGGUGCUGGAUCUACCGGAAGCUUUCCCACCCACAGCCAGGAGCUGCGGGGGUAGCCACACCUUGACCUAUGCCCAGAACCGGCGAGGCCCCAGGCUGUAUGAACCCUACCCCACCAGGCUGCUGGACGAUAAUCACUUCACUAAGCAAGUAGAGAGCCCAGUAAUGACCGACCUACAGGGAGCCCGGGGAAGGUCCAGCUGUAAGCUGCCCUCCAUUGCAGGCCGGGACGGGUCCAAGUGCAAGGUGUCCCAGAGGUCUCCUGCCCCCAGGAUCUGCUCCAGUCGCUUACCCAGUGGGCACCUCCCCACCGUACUGGGGCCAGGGUCAGCGGUGAACGUACGUGGUGCCCAGCUGGAGCGAAACUGCCGGUGUCCGGCCGAGCUGCUGACCUGUCCUUGCAUUGAUGGUCAAGCAGGGCCGGUCCAGCCUCGGUCCAUCUCGUGUCCAUCUCCGGAGCCGACAGCAGGAACAACGGGACCUGCCUUUCACCACAAGCCUGAGUUGCCAGCCCCUGCUGAACCCCUCAAUGUUUAACUGUUGUAGAAAUAUAUUGGAGAUGAUCUGUUCAAUGGUCCACCUGUUCCUCAGUGUAGGGAGCAUGAUGGGAUGCACCAAUAUGUCACUGAGUGUCAGGAAUGGUGGGAGGGGAUGUUUCAGUGUGUCCAGGAUGGUGAGGGGGCAGUGGGGGAGGUGAUGUUACUCGGU